UGUUGGCUUCCAUGGAUGCCUGCGUCCGCAGGGUGUGCGGGAGGACAAAACACGCGGCGAGGGCCAGGAUGGCGGUGGUGCGGGCGGAGGCGGUGGACACGUCCAUCAGCCCGAGGGUGAGCGCGCUGCGGCCGUCCAAAACCAUGGCCAUCACCGACCAGGCGAUGGCGCUGCGGCAGGCCGGCGUGCCGGUGAUCGGUCUAGCCGUGGGGGAGCCAGACUUCGACACGCCGCCCGCGAUCGCGGAGGCUGGGAUGAAUGCAAUUAGGGAUGGUUAUACAAGGUACACUCCUAAUGCUGGGACUUUGGAGCUGAGGAAGGCUAUUUGUGCUAAACUCCAGGGGGAAAACGGGAUAUCCUACCUCCCAGAUCAGGUGCUGGUAAGCAAUGGAGCUAAGCAGUGCAUCACACAAGCUGUGCUUGCAGUUUGCUCACCUGGUGAUGAGGUUUUGAUUCCAGCCCCAUACUGGGUCAGUUAUCCUGAGAUGGCUAGACUGGCUGAUGCAACUCCAGUGAUUCUUCCUACAAACAUAUCAGAGAAUUUCUUGUUAAGCACAGAGUUGCUUGCCGAGAAGAUCAAUGAGAAAUCGAGGCUCUUAAUUCUAUGCUCUCCAUCUAAUCCAACAGGAUCAGUAUAUCCAAAGGAGCUGCUUGAAAAAAUAGCUGAUAUAGUCAAGAAGCAUCCUAGGCUUCUGGUUUUAUCUGAUGAAAUUUAUGAGCAUAUUAUUUAUCAGCCUGCAAAACACACAAGCUUUGCUUCACUGCCUGGAAUGUGGGAAAGAACAUUAACUGUAAAUGGUUUUUCUAAGGCUUUUGCUAUGACGGGUUGGCGUCUUGGUUACCUUGCAGCCCCUAAACAUUUUGUUGCAGCAUGUGGAAAGAUCCAAAGCCAGUUCACCUCAGGUGCCAGCAGCAUAUCACAGAUGGCAGGGCUUGCAGCUCUGAACCUUGGCUAUGCUGGUGGUGAAGCAGUAUCAAAUAUGGUCAAAGCAUUUCAGGAACGCCGUGACUAUCUUGUGAAAAACUUCAAGGAACUGCCUGGUGUGAAAAUAUCAGAACCUCAGGGUGCCUUUUAUUUGUUCAUUGACUUCAGCGCUUACUAUGGGUCUGAAGUACAGGGGUUUGGCACUAUCAAGAAUUCCGAGUCCCUUUGCAUCUUCCUAUUAGAGAAAGCACAGGUUGCCCUUGUCCCUGGUGACGCAUUUGGAGAUGACAAGUGCAUUCGUAUCUCAUAUGCUGCAUCCCUAACUACACUUCAAACUGCGAUGGCAAAAAUAAAGGAAGCUGUUGCUCUGCUCAAGCCCUGUGUUGCUGCUUAGCAAGAUCACUAAAUUGCAUAGGAGUGACCAAGGCACCUUCAACUUCCCUUUCACAUUAUUUUAAGCACAAUGUUUGAAUUGUUUUGGCAGACUUGAUCUGUUGUUUUUAUAUGUAAUGUUCAGGAUUUAUCAUGUGUACAUGCAAAUGAAAAUGUUUUAUUCAGAAACGGCUAGGUUGUGACCCUAUGUGAAUUA